AUGGCGGAUAGAUUUCUGCUUGUUUUACGUUCUUUUCUUUUUCUUCUUUCUUUUUUUACCUUGUUUCUAUCGUUUUUCCUUCUCUUCUUGUUUUACGAUUUAUUUGUUACUUUCUUUGUUCUUUCUUUCCAUCUUUCUUUCUUUCUUUCUUUCUUUUCUUGCAGUUUUUCUUUCUCUUUUAUUUUUGGGGGAGAUUUAUUUGUUAUUUUUUUCGUUCCUUCUUUCCAUCUUUCUUUCUUUCUUUUCUUGCAGUUUUUCUUUCUCUUUUAUUUUUGGGGGAGAUUUAUUUGUUAUUUUUUUCGUUCCUUCUUUCCAUCUUUCUUUCUUUCUUUCUUUCUUUUUUUCUUGUUUUCCUUCAAUUUAAUCUACUUUUCUUUUUAUUUUGGGGGUUUUAAUUGUUAUUUUUUUCUUUCUUUCUUUCUUUCUUUCUUUCUUUCUUUCUUUCAGUCUUUUUUAUUUUUUAUUUUUUCUUUUCUUUCUUUCUUUCUUUUCUUUCGUUACUUGCAAUAUUUUGUACCUUUCUUUUGUUCUGGUCAUUCUUUCUCUUGUAUUUUUUGGGGAUUUAUUUGUCGCUGUCUUCGUUCUUUCUUUCUUUUCUUUCUUUCUUUCUUUCUUUUCUUUCUUUCUUUCGUUCUUUUGUUGCUCUCUACCUUUCUCUUUAUUUUGGGGGAUUUAUUUGUUACUUUCUUCCUUUCCUUCUUUCUUUCUUUCUUUCUUUCUUUCUGUCUUUCUUUCUUUUCUUUUCUUUUCUUUCUUAUUUUCUUUCUUGCUUGCCUGGUUUCUUUCGUUCUUUUAUUGCUCUGUACUUUUGUCUUUUAUUUUUUUGGGGGGGGGAUUUAUUUGUUACUUUCUUCGUUCCCUCUUUCUUUCAUUUCUUUCUUUCUUUCCUUUUCUUUUCUUUCUUUCUUUCUUUCUUUCUUUCUUUCCUUUUCUUUUCUUUCUUUCUUUCUUUCUUUCUUUCUUUCGUUCUUUUGCUGCUCUCUAAUUUUCUCUUUAUUUUCGGGGAUUUAUUUGUUACUUUCUUCGUUCCUUCUUUCUUUCAUUUCUUUCUUUCCUUUUCUUUUCUUUCUUUCUUUCCUUUUCUUUUCUUUCUUUCUUUCUUUUCUUUCUUUCUUUCGUUCUUUUGUUGCUCUCUACCUUUCUCUUUAUUUUGGGGGAUUUAUUUGUUACUUUCUUCCUUUUUCUUUCUUUCUUUCUUUUCUUUCUUUCUUUCUUUCUUUCUUUUCUUUUCUUUCUUAUUUUCUUUCUUGCUUGCUUGCUUGCUUUCGUUCUUUUAUUGCUCUGUACUUUUGUCUUUUAUUUUUUUUAGGGGGAUUUAUUUGUUACUUUCUUCCUUCCCUCUUUCUUUCAUUUCUUUUUUCUUUCCUUUUUUUUUCUUUCUUUCUUUCUUUCUUUCUUUCUUUCGUUCUUUUGCUGCUCUCUAACUUUAUUUUUAUUUUCGUGGGUUUAUUUGUUACUUUCUUCGUUCCCUCUUUCUUUCUUUUCUUUCUUUCUUUCCUUUUAUUUCUUUCUUUCUUUCUUACUUGCUUGCUUUCUUUCGUUCUUUUGUUGCUCUGUACCUUUCUCUUUAUUUAUUUUAUUUCUUACUUUCUUUGUUUUUUCUUUCUUUUUUCUUGCUGUCUUUUUUCUCUUAUAUUUUUGUGCGGGGAGAUUUACUUGUUACUUUCUUUGUUCAUUCUCUCUUUCCUUCUUUCUUUCUUCCUUUCUUUCUUUCUUCCUUUCUUUCUUUCUUCCUUUCUUUCUACAUCUGCCCUUUCUUUCUUCUUAUCCCCUUUACUGUCAUUUUAUAUUCAUUUAUUCAUAGAAACCGAUGCCUACGAAUGA